AUCUCAUCUUUAGUCCAUCCAGUAAUGCGCAUUCCUCUUGGCUUCCUGAAGUAACUUUCUUGUCGGAGAGGGACCAACAUCACUGUACCACCAACUAUGAUGUUUCCCGGACUGUCUUGAAAUAAAGUGCCUUCCUGACCUCCACAUUGCUGUCAGAAUGUCCUCCAUAGACCCCUAUCAGUACAUCAUAGUUGAGCAUCAGUAUUCUCAUAGAUUGAAAGUAAAUGUGGUGAGAGCUGAAAAUGUGACGAAAGGAGCAUUUGGGGAUUUAUUGGACACCCCAGACCCUUAUGUGGAACUGUCCAUUCCAACCACACCAGAGUCAAGAAAACGAACACGCCACAUAAAUAAUGACAUUAACCCGAAAUGGAAUGAAACAUUUGAGUUCAUAUUGGAUCCCAAUCAACCCAAUGUUUUGGAGAUGACACUGAUGGACGCUAAUUAUGUCAUGGACGAAACUCUGGGCACAGCUAAAUAUUCCCUUUCAAAGCUCAAAGUGGGGCAGACAGAGCAUGUGACCCUAUCUAUUGGCAAGACGACAAAAGUGUUCCUCGACAUGAUCUUAGAAGUGUGUGCGUCCACAGACUUGCGCUUCAGCAUGGCACUGUGUGAUCAGGAGAAACUCUUCAUGCAGACGCGCAGGGACAGAGUUAUGCUCAGCAUCAAGAAGCUUCUAAAAAUGGAAAACCCACGCUUCCUUCCAGCCUCACCUAGAGAGGUUCCCACCAUCGCCAUUUUGGGUUCUGGAGGUGGUUUUCGUGCAAUGGUUAGCUUCUCUGGUGUGAUGAAGGCUCUGUAUGAAUCUGGGGUGCUUGACUGUGCAACAUACGUGGCAGGACUUUCUGGAUCAACAUGGUAUAUGUCCAUGCUGUACUCGCACCCUGAAUUUCCCGCUAAAGGCCCAGGGGAUAUUAAUAAGGAGCUGAUGAGCAGAGUCAGCAAUAACCCACUCAAACUGCUCCUGCCCCAAAACAUUAAUCGCUACGUCAAAGCACUGUGGAAGAAGAAAUCGGGCGGACAGCCUGUCACUUUCACUGACAUCUUCGGGAUGUUGAUCGGAGAGACUCUAAUUCCAGGGAGAAUGGACACUAAACUGAGCUCCAUGCAGACGAAGAUUAAUGAAGGUCAGAGCCCCCUUCCUCUCUUCACCUGUCUGCACGUCAAACCUGAUGUCUCUGAGCUCAUGUUCGCAGACUGGGUGGAGUUCAGCCCGUAUGAGAUUGGCAUGGCCAAAUAUGGCACCUUCAUGUCUCCGGGGCUGUUUGGGAGCAAGUUCUUCAUGGGCAGCGUUGUGAAACAAUAUGAGGAAAACCCCUUACAUUUCCUCAUGGGUGUAUGGGGCAGUGCUUUCUCCAUCCUCUUUAACCGGGUUCUGGGAGUGAAGGAGACAGCCAGUAGCAGCACAAUGGAGGAGGAGCUGGAGCAAAUUAAACCCGAGCAUAUUGUGGGUGAUGAUUCAGCAGAUAAUGAGGAGGAAACUCAAAGGGGAGGCACAGAGAGCGCAGAGGCAGAAGAUGAGCGGCAGCGUCAUGCCCAGGCUAGCUGGGUUCAGCGCAUGCUGACCUCCAUAAUGGGGGACACCACCCUGUUCACCACACGUGAGGGCCGUGCCGGCAAGGUGCACAAUUUCAUGCUGGGACUCAACCUAAACUCUUCCCUGCCUUUCUCUGCCUUCACUGGCCUCAUGCACCAGACCUCAGUGGAUGAGGAGGUUGAUGCUGUUACAGAUCCUGACGAGUUUGAGCGAAUCUAUGAGCCCUUGGAUGUGAAGAGUAAGAAAAUCCACAUAGUGGACAGCGGUCUGACCUUUAACCUGCCCUAUCCUCUCAUUCUGCGGCCACAGAGAGGAGUUGACCUCAUCAUUUCCUUCGACUUCUCAGCCAGGCCCAGUGACUCCAGCCCGCCAUUCAAAGAGAUACUGUUGGCUGAAAAAUGGGCCCGUAUGAAUAAGCUGCCAUUUCCUAAGAUCGAUUCGAAAGUAUUUGACCGAGAGGGUCUGAAAGAGUGCUAUGUGUUCAAACCUAACAAGGGAGACAAGAGCUGCCCAACUGUCAUUCAUUUUGUCUUGGCCAACAUCAACUUUCGGAACUUUAAAGCCCCAGGAGUUCCUAGGGACACAGACAAGGAGAUAGAGUUUGGCGACUUUGACAUAUUUGACGAUCCAGCCUCUCCCUUCUCCACUUUCAACUUCCAAUACUCCAACCAGGCCUUCAGGAGGCUUCAUGACCUCAUGGAGUUCAACACGCUGAACAACAUUGAGGUUAUAAAAGAAGCAAUUAAAGACAGCAUUCUGCAGAGACGAGAGAACCCCUCACGCUGCACGGUUUCCCUAUCACUCAAUGAAAUUGAAAACAAGAAGUUCCUGAAACGAGAUACCAGCAAUGCGAAACGACCCACCUAACAGAUAGCUGCAAAAAGCUACGCAAAAGCCUUGACGUGUGAGACUGCGUUGGUCCACUGGUGCUGAUUCUCAUUCAACCAUUUCAUGAGAAUCACUGAGCAGAUUCAUCAGACAAGACUGGACUGACCUUAUUACAGGGUCAUUUUUAUGAUGCUUUCCAGACAACUUUGAAUUCUCCCACCUCCUACUUAAAGAUAACCACUGGAAAGGCGCUCGGUAGGGUUAUUAAUGUUAACUAAGAUUAAAACCAUAAAAUACAUGUAUAUCAGUGAUUCUAAAAUAGCACUGGUACAAACCCCAACUCCAAUAAGAAGCACCAUUUGACGUCAUUACCAAGAUGGUGACAAAUAAAAUGACAUUCUGAUGGCUAUUUUGAAGUAGAGGUGGACAAUUCCAACAUCCAGGUUGUCUGGAACGCAUCAUGACUGGAUUGCUCGAAUGGUGGGAAAUGGAAAUUUCAGUUCUAGUCUUCCCACCUCCGACUUCAUCUAGAAUGCAGCAUCAGGAACACAGAAUCUACAGCCAUUUUUUGUAUUUUCUGCACUGAUUUUGGGGGAACUUCUAUGGAAUAGAUUUGAAUAUGGUAAAAUGUUUUGUGUAUGGCAAAAUAAUCUGAGAGACGAGAGUACUACGCUCUUAUUGGUCACUGAAAACAUUAUCAAAUUAGCCAACAA